UGGUGGUCAGAGAAGUAAACAAACGAUACACAGAUACAUAAUAAACAAUUCUGUCACUCCAUAGGUCACAUAUCAAAACAAAAAAAUGGUGAAAAUAGCAAUAAUAGGUGCCGGAUUACUUGGCAUAAAGAUUGCAGGUGAAAUGGCUUACUAUGGACACAGAGUAAAGAUACAUGAUGUGAACAUUGGAGCCCUGAACAGUGUCUACGGUAGAAUAGAGAAUGACAAAGAAGAACUAAGGAAUGAGGGACUACUUCUAACAAAUAAUUAUAUUGGACCAGUGUUGUGUAUGAGUAGAUUAGAAGAAACAGUAAAUGAUGCAGAUUUUAUAUUUGAAUGUGUUAUAGAAGAUUUAGGCAUCAAAAAUGAAUUAAUGGAAAGAAUAACUUACUCCUGCAAACCAGAGGCAAUAAUAUGUACAAAUUCACUGAGACUCAAAGUUGAUGAUGUUUUCUGUAAAGUUCAAGGCAAAGAGAGAUGUAUCGGAUUAAGGUUCCUGUAUCCAGUUUUUACUAUACCAGAAGUAGAACUUACUCCAUGUCAACAUACCUCUCAAAGGAAUGUUACCAAAGUGAGAGAAAUGUUGGAAAAGAUGGGGAAAGUACUAUUCUUCAGAUCUGGUACACAACCUUUGAUUUUAUCUGAACAGCAGAGAGAGGAAAGAAAGAAAGCUUGUUUAGAAAGAAUAUUGAACUCAUCUGGUAUGGGAUGUCUAUAUGAGAAAACCAUUCCAAGUUUGACCCUAGAACCAGGAGGUCAUGGGGGCAGUGUUGUCACUGUCAAAGAAACUAAAAAAGAAGAAUGUGCUAUAUGUAUGGAGAGAACAAGAAACAGUGUUAUAUGUCCAUGUCAUCAUUUAGUAGCUUGUUAUGAGUGUACAAAGAUGUUACUUAACAGAAAAGAUGCCUGUCCUAUCUGUAGAAAAGACAUUACAGAAAUCAUCAGAGUUUAUCAUUCCUAGCUAAAUUCUGCUAGCAAAAUUUUUGCUUUGACACAGUCACACUAAAGAGAUGUAUCUAUUCUAAACCAUUUUGUUAUAUGUCCCCAAGUUAUAUGUGAAGAGACAAAUAGUUUGUGUACUUUUCAUUGAUGUGUCUGUCAUUUCACACAAGUUUGCCAAUGAAAAAUGUCUCACAGUAAAGUUGACAAAUUAAAAGUAAUGGAUAAAAGUUGAGAGAAUGACUUCAUACAGUGUGUACUUCUGCACCUCUUAUUUUAUUAUUUUGAUCAAAUUGACUUGAGACUGAUUUCAUAGAUUCCCAAUAGCAAAUCUCAUGUAGUUUUCCAUUUGAAAAGAAUAAAUCCUGACAGAAUCUCUUCAAUAUAUGUUUACUUGUUCAUUUCAUAUUUUUUUUGUAGAUCAACUAUUUUUAGAGUUAACUUUCUGUUUAUGUAACUUGGACAGGAGGAAUCAGGGAGACAUAUGAUUUUGCAUUAGAAUAAACAUUAGUUCACCAGUAAAUGGCAUUUAUCUGUCUCACUUUGUGUUUGAAUAGCAUUUUUAAAAAUGCCUUAAAAAAGGAUAUAUGUGUAACAUUAGUUAUUGUUUUAUCUUUGUUUGUAUGUUAUUUGUUUUUGGAGGAGUUAGUUGUUGAUGGUUGGUGUGGUCUAUUGUACUAUAGUUUUAUUGUAAAUGUUUUGUCAAGAUCUGUUGUCCAUUUUACGUAUUACAAGUUUACUGAAUAUAAAUAUUCUAAGCUAAAGAGUAGUUGUGUUUUACUAAUAAAACUAUUCAAAAACCUAAUCUAAAGAAUUAGAUUUUCUGAUCUGAAUUUUGAAAAGACCAUUUGAAAUCUUUUGUUUAAAAUUACAUGUAAUUGACAUGUGGCUAUUAUAUGAAUAAUGUUAGAAAAAAUAUCUAGACCUAAAUAUUCAAAUAAAGGUAAAAAGGUGACAAAUACUGUUGGUGUAAAAUUAUGUGAUAAAAAGAUAAUUAUUUUGAUAUCAUCUGUUUAUCAGAUCAUCAAUAAUUUCUUCUCACCACAAACGUCAGAAAGAAUACCCUAGGACAUCAUGUUCCAAACUAAUAUACUUUGGGGAUAUAAUUUAUAUUGAAUAAAGUGCACAGGUGUAUUGUUUUGGUCAAGUUUAAACAAAUAAAUAAGUAUAGCAAAAUCUUUACAUGCAUAAAUAAAUGCUGACACUUGUUUCAGUUGGUAUAACAGGUCAUAUAAAAAUGCUAUGUUAUGAAGAUAAAAUUAUUUUUCAAAAAUGAAAAUUUUUAAGAUAACAUCUUGUUUUGUGGUAUGUUAUAUUAUGUUACAAUGCAAUUUGUGAAUUAUAAACCAUCUGCCACCAACAAUUAGAUACAGACUGGUUUGAUAAAAAACCAAUCCUUCAAAUUGCAUCAUAUAUUGAAUUGAACCAAUCAUGGAAUCAUUGUACUACAAUGAAGAUUAUUAUUUUGAUAUCUGUGAUAUUGUUGUUUUAUAUAUAUACACCUAUAUUGUUUUCUAUGUUUUUUAGAAUAGUUGACAUGAUAUUUAUUACACUGUUAUUGUUUAGUGAUCAGGAAACCAAACCUCAUGGUCAAAUGUAUGACUUUUAAGUAUUAUAAUAAAGUAAUAAUUUGAAGGGAAAAAAAACAUUAUAUGCUUGUUAACAAUGCACAUUAACAAGUUUAAUAAAUUCCUCUGCAAGGUGUAGAUGUAAUUAAAAUAAAAACACUUUCAUUUCAGUUAUGCAAAAAAAAUCCUAUACUUUCUACCAUCCAAACAAUCAAAUUUUACAGCUGCCUAAAUAACUUGGUAAACAGUAUUUCUUGAGAUUUGUUCUCAAAUUGUAAUAGAUCUGUAAUCUUAUAACUUUGGUUUAAGGAUGUAUCUAUGGAGAACAAGCCUAUCCCCAAAAGUAGGUCAAUCUUACCUAAAUUUUUCACUUUUUUUAUAGGUUUAGUUAAAUUCUCAGAUUAAAUUUGACCUACAAUCAUAAAACUUUUGUUUGAUCAACAGGAGCAUGUUUCACAUUAAUGUCAAGCAUCACUGACUAUAUUUAAAUUUUACAUUUUAUUUUUCAAAUACUUUUUACCUUCAAAUAUAUACUGAGGUAUUGUGAUGCAUCAAACAACGAUUUUAGACUAAUAUUACAAAUGCUGUGAUUUUGGCCUAAAUUUCAAUUUCUGAGAUGUUUUUACAUCUGAUUAAGUUGAUAUACGAGUUUAAAAAGAAAUAUGCGGUUGCUGGACCAAGUUUGUAUUAUUGUAUUACAUUUUUUUUUAGCUUAUAAAAUAUUUUGGCAUUGAAGAUAUAAUUUAUGAAAUAAUUGUUAAGUUACCCAAGCUUUAUUAGAGGUAUAAGGUUUUAGAUAUACAUUAUUGAACUGUGCAGUUAUGGGGACAGCCAUUUGGAAUAUGUAACAAAUUCUAUUAGUCAAUUUCAUAUGUUUUUCAAGUAUAUCGGGUAAAGAUCAGGGAUUUUAGACUGAUAUAUGAUUUUCAUCUUUUGCUUUUCUUUUAUAGUUUUAAAAACAAAAAAUUUACUAUUACUUUAUUUGUUGUUGUUGUAUAGUAGAUAUAUACUGUUUUGUUAUUAUCAUUAAAGACUGAAUUUGAAA